GCAAAGUUAAUGUAUUCUUAGUCGACGUAGGCCUAUUUUGUGUCGAAAUCCGUUUCGGAAAAAGGUCAUAAAUGUCAUCCUUUCCGGGAAAUGCUUUGCAAGAUCGAGAAGCAAUACGUGUAAAAGCAGUGGUAUGUGUGAAAGUCCGGAGGCUUUGGUGUAAAAUAUUACACGAUGGAAAACAUGAAGGUGAAGGAGUAAAGAGGUGCUUUUCCGUAGACCCACACAUCACGUCAUUUUAUAAUCUUUGUCAGUUGUUGACGCGAGCUUUUCAAUUACAAGGAGACUUUGAAAUAUCAUAUCAGCUCCCACAGUCAACAGAAAAUGGAAAGAGACCAGAUGUGUUCAUCUCUCUGACAUCUGACUUUGAUCUUGAUGCUGCCUUCAUGAGUUCAUCUUUGCCAUAUCUAAGUCUCAAGGUUGAACCUGUAAUCUGUUCAGAAGAUACUCAGAAUGACUGGACUUUCCUAGAGGCAACAGAAGCACCACUGACUAACAAUGUACAAUCUACUGGGGUUUCCUCUACAGUUCCCUUCCACAUAUCCUUAAAACAUCAAAUGGAGCGAACAUUCAGCAAGAUCACCAAAGCUUUCACUGAUUCGGUCAGACGAGGUCCUUUAAAGGAAUCAGAGUGGCAGUGUCAUUUGGACCCUGAAGGCCGUGUCCUUGCCAUUGAGGAGAUAUGGGUUCGUGUUUUCCAAGGAGGUGGACUUGAACCUGUCUUACGCAAAGAAGUUUGGCCACACCUACUCAACGUGUUCCCCCCUGAUUUGACUAAAGAAGAGAGGGAGAGACACUUGAAUAUGAAAUCACAGGUUUACUAUCAUCUGAAGUCAAAAUGGAAGAGAAAAUGUCCUCUAGAGAUAGAAUCCAUCACCCAUUUGAUUAUGAAGGAUGUUUUACGCACAGACAGAACUCAUCCCUAUUUUGCAGUCCCUGAUGAUCAUGAACACAUGGAUUAUUUAUUUAACAUCUUGACAACUUAUGCAUUAGAAAAUCCUGAUGUGUCUUAUGCACAAGGGAUGAGUGAUCUGGCAGCUCCUAUUCUUGUCAUUUUAGAUGAUGAAGCAGCAGCAUAUACUUGUUUUUGUUCCCUAAUGGAGAGAAUAAAAGGACACUUCCUUUUAGAUGGUAAAGCAAUGACACUGAAAUUUGACCAUCUGUCACAGUUGGUUAAUCGCAUGGAACCAGAGUUUUUUAAGUAUCUGAUGGAAAUUGGAGCAGAUGACAUGUUCUUCUGCUAUCGUUGGCUUCUCCUUGAUUUGAAAAGAGAAUUUCAAUUUGAUGAUGCUGUUCAGUUAAUGGAGGUAAUUUGGAGUUCUCUGACCUUGCCAACAGAAUCAACAGCCCGUGCUUCAAACAUGGUUUCUGGAUUACCGAGAAGCAACUCUGCUGCUGCCAUUUUAACACAGAAGGGUUUCCAUACAGUUAAUAACAGUAAUGAUAGUGAGGACGAAUGGGAUAGUGAUUUGGAAGACAAUGGAUUCUAUCCAUUCACCUCAAAAUCUGUUGAUGUAGAGAUGAAAUUGAUUGAAUUGCCAGGCCCAUAUCAUCUUGGUGGUGGGAAUCCAUUUGUUCUUUUUUUGUGUUUGGCCAUACUGUCUCUUCACAAAGAUCACUGUAUGAACAAAGAGAUGGAUUAUAACACGCUUGCCAUGUACUUUGACAAAUUGGUACGCAAGCAUGACCUUCAUAAAACUUUGACUAAAGCAAGAGCAUUAUAUUCUGACUAUCUUAGUUCAUGUGGAUUUGAAAAAGAUGAAGAGACACCCAUACUUGAAGAAACUAAUUCAUCUUGGUGCAGCCAAGAACAUCACACUGAUGUUUUCCUUCAAGCAAAUCAUUUUGUUGAAUGUUAAUUGAUUAUAGGGUUUUAGUAAAUGCUUUUUAAUUUCUUCCUUACUGUAUUAUAAUUCACAACUAUUCGUGAAAGUGGAGGUGGCUAGUGGUUGAUGUUUACAAAGCCACAAAUCAAUGGGAUAAAUAUCCCCUGCUAGCCACUGACACUGACAUGGAAUAGUUUUCUUAGUAUGUACUAAAACAGAGAUAAAAUAUAACUCAGGGAGAGGAUUCUAACUCAUUUAUUCCUGGAACAAUUACAACAUCUUGGAGCACAAAUCCUGCUUUUAUUGCUGGGAGGUUAAUAGCAAAGGAUAUCAGAAGUUUUGAGUCCUACUCAGAGUGUGCCCUCUAUGCUAUCCACCACUUUACGAUAUACUAGGUUAGGUAGUCCUGAGCAUUCUGAUUGGUUCUUACUUGGUUAGUAUUUUUCCAUAUGCGCUGCUUUUGGGAAAAUUGUUGUAAGCCAUAUUUUAGUUUGCAAAAGCCAGCAAAUUCAAAAUAAAUAAGUUUGGUCGGAGUGCCAUAUGAUAAACUUCUUACUACCAUACAAGGGUAUAUUGGCCAUCAUUCAUUUUGGUACUGACUUCUCUUGACUUGAUCCAUACCAUCACAACCUCUGGCACAUAUUCUUAAGUAUGGCUCUCGCACUCGGUUAGUAAGAAGUUAGUAAGUGAUAUUGAAUUAAUAUUUGUAAAACGUAACAUGUCUGCUAGUGAAUCUGGAUCCAUCCUCUCCUGUUGAUAACAUUUUUCACUUGUUCACUACACUCACUUAUGAGAGAUGUUGUAACAUCUCAAUGAUAAAAUUUGAUCCAGGUGUGGCCAUGUAAUUUCCUCCAUAGACAUUUGAAAUAAUUGUGAUACAUUUUAGAUAACAAAAACAAGCAAUAGGAAUUUGUAUUUUUGUGUAAUAUAUUGUCCAUGUCAGAUUUUAUAGGUAGCCAUCAGUAUUUUAUGACAUUUUAAGCAAUUUCUUUAUUGAAUUCCUGAGAUUAUGUACAAGCUGCCUAAACCCUUUGAUGUAAAACCAAAUUAACAGCAAAAACAUGGCUAACACAAAGGAGCAGCUCUUUAUGAAAGUGUUUGGUAAAAUCAGUCUUUAUGGUUUUGUUGGAAAUAGAGAACCAAAUAUUUAAAUAAAUAAUAAUAUAACAAGUUUCAAUUAUGGGUAAGUAGUCAUGAAAUAAUUUUGAAGGAAUUUUCUGAAUGACUUUUUUUCCAAAUUUAAUAAUAUGGGAAUCAUAACUAUAUGGCAUAAACCCUUUUCAUAAUAGUGGGUACAGUUAGUAUUCUUUGAUAUGCAUGAAUAUGAUAGAACAGCAAAACAGGUGUCCCAUUUAUGAAAGAGGUCAAUGGGGAAAUAUUUUUUGUCACAAUUCCAAGAGAGGUGGCUAUUUUCUUAGUAGAAAUUCUAUUUAAUAAGGUAAACAAUAUUUAUUGUAGUACAAAAAAAAAAAAUAAAGAGUGUGAUGCUUUCA